UCUUUCACAUUAGGGCACACCUACUUUGUGUGAUCGGAUCGUUGUUUCCACAUGCCAGCGGGAACUCUGUGCCGCUAAGCCUUCUUCGGUUACUAGAUGACCUGGAGAGCCUGGGUGGUUAUAGUUGGGGUAGUGCUGUUCUUUCCUACACAUACAGGAAGAUGUGUGAUGCGAGCAGAGGAGUCAAAGACUUCACUGGGUAUGCCACAUUACUUCAGGUGUGGAUAUACGAGCGGUUCCCUACGAUAGCUCCACAUCUCAGGUCUCAACCCCAGUACACUUACCCACUUGCGCUUAGGUGGGUGGCUUCAGUGACCCGUACUCAGGUGCCGGACGCUCAGAGUCGUAUGACCCGGUACGAGUUGGAUAACAUGGGUGUGGAACAGUUUUUGUGGUGGCCGUAUGCAUAUUUAGAUGAUGAGUUUCAGCCCGAGCAGACAUUGUACUUGCAGUGGACAGCUCCCACCCCUUUGAUGUACAUGGCAUAUGUGGAGUGGUGUUAUACUGACAGGGUCACGAGGCAGUUUGGGUUCGUACAGGACAUACCUACAUCCUCCCCACGUAGGAAUCAUCAUGAGUUGCACGACAUCGUCAAUGAGUCCAUUGACUGGCAGGGCGCCAGGGAGAUAUACAUUCAUUACUGGGAUACGUCUCUUGCCCGAGCUAUGACAUCUCCGCCAUUCAUUUUGGGCAAUGGUUGCUCUCCCGCAUACAUGCCUUGGUACCUCCAGGUUACACGUAGAUACAUGGUUAACCCAUUGUUCUGGCGUAGAGCGGAUGCUUUUCAGGGGACACAGGGCGCCACACAGUCAUUGGAGGAGCAGCUUCUAGAGGUGGACUCUGCCAUUGACCCUGCUGCUCCCGAUCUCAAUCGGGCACAGAGUCUGCUACAGGGGAUGAUUGCUCGUGUCAGGGGUCACGGAGGCCCUCCGACACGCAGAGGUCGGCGUCCUGUCACACCAGUUGAGCCGGAGCCUGGCACUUACUACACUCAUGUGGGCAGUAGUAGCUGGUCGCACCAUGUUGGCACCUCUACUGCGCCAGAUAGGGAUGCACGGGCUCCUUCAGGGGCGGGGGAAUGGCCCCGUUGGACCGAGGUGGCAACUGAGACUGCAGGGGAUGACUACGUAGGUGGUGAUGGUGGUUUUGCGGUGAAUUUAGGGGCUGACGAGGACACCUCUCCUAGUGGUGGGCACACACAUGUUUCUCCUCCACUUCAGGAGUCAUACCAGUUUGCUGAUCGAGAUGUUUAUCGUCCUGACAUGUCAUUCCUGACCGAUCAGUACACCACACCUCCGCUACAGGCCCCGGUCCCGUCAUUUGGUAGCCCAUCCUACGUGUUCGGGGCACCUGCGUUUCCAGUUACACCGGCAGGGGUGAGGUCCACUCCUACUCCUGUACAUAUGCAUAGUUUUGGUGCGUACGCUGGUGAGAGUAGCCCGUGGGCAGUACGAGAUCAGUCGGAACCCGAGGGGCCGUCCCAGCCUGAGCAGAGACAGCAGCCACCCAGAGAUGCAAAGGGGAAGGGCAGGAGAUGUCACACGGGCAGCCAUAUCAUCGGGCAUAAGAAGAAGUAGUUUAUGUCUUUUGAGUUUAUGUAUUUUCAGUUUGUAGUUGCGUUGUUUGCUUAUGUAUGUUUAUUUGGUACUUGUUGCUUAUGUAUGAACACUUGGUAGUUGUUGCUGCUUUUCAGUUUAGGUGUCAUUAUGUAUGUAAACAUUAUUGCAUAA